ACCAAUCACCGGCGUGCAGCGGUUUGAACAAGAAGCGGAUUCAUGUCGGAGGAAGAUGAAGGAGACGCAGGAAAAAAUGACAGAAAACGGCGUCAACCGCGGAAACUAGAGAAAACAGCUGACUUUAGUCGAUUAAUCGAUCACUGUGAAUCAGUUUCAAAGGCGUCGAUGCAGUUAAUUGUGUUAAAAGGUCGAGAUAUCCGGCUGAACUUGACGUUAAGUCCGCCUCUCGGUUCGUGUCCGCUAACAGCUAAAGUUUUUGUUUUGUUUUUUUGUUGUUUUAAAACAUGAAGCCGUUAUUUUUGAAGACUUACGGUAAACAGAGGCGACAGCUGUCCGCCUGGAUCUCACCUGAAAACCGCAAACGGGCCUUAUUCGACAGCACAGCGUCGACGGACGGAGACACCUCCGUGUUUGAACCCGCAAAACCUCCCAGGAUGCGAGGGAGGAAGACCGGUGUUGCUGCUCGUAGAGCGAUGCGUCCUGCCAAGCAAAGGGCCAUGCUAAGUCUGACUGAGAAGAGUUUCGAUGAGGAUAAUAUCCCAUCUCCUCCCUGUCAUCAGUCUGUUCAGCAGAGCAAGACAACCAGAGAGAGGAGGUCUAAAAGAUCCAGUAGUAUAGUAGUCCGUCCUGCUGAGAAAAAAGCCACGUUACCUGUGACAGAGACCAGCAGCAAUGAGGAGAACAUCAGCAUGCCCUCUCCUCCUCGUCCUCUGCCCACUCAGCAGAACAAGAGGAAAAACCUCCUUGUGUCUGUGCCGAGAGUCUUGAUGAGGCAGAAAGGCCGUCAGGUUUCAAGGACCAGCGAGAGCGAAGAAGACUCGACGUCCACAGCAAAAAGUCGCAAAACCUCAGCUCGAUUGAAGACGGACUCUAAUGUUGGUCUCCCUUCUGCAGGCCGCUUUGUAACCCGCCGCAGACGUGCCGUUGCUGCCAAACCCAAACUCCCUAAAGCAACUUCAAGUAUACUCAACUCUUCUGAUGAUUUUACCUCCGGAGCCUUCGGUUCCAGUAGGAUUUUUCGGUCUUCGAGGAGGAGGAGGGCGAGAGUCCCCCAACCAUUUGUUGUGUCAAGUGCGGAGAACUCUGUGAACGCUGCAGGGGCCGCCAGCUUUGCAACCAACCCCUCCCGAGAGAUAUCCCUCAAUGAGUCGGCGGAUAAAAGCCUCAGACUCUGCCCCAGGAAACCCAUCUUUUGCUCCACGCCAUCAGCAGGACCCCUCAGCAAACGGCCACGUCUUAAACCGUUAUCCAUCAAUGAUCAAUCUGCCACCCCUCGGUCCAUGUCGGUGAGCUGUAUAGGUGUCUUGAGCACAUUUCAAGAGGAUUCGCCAGGGCAGCCUUUCUCCCCACCACAACCAGUUGGGCUUCACUCUGAGGAAAAGAUUCUGUCCAGCAUUUGUGAGCAAGAACCUUCUGGUGACUUAUUUAUGGAGUCCAAUAAAAGUAGCUGUAGCGAGGAAGACAAGAAAACCAAGAAUGGUCAGGAAGUAGAGAGUCUCAUUCUGCUGUCAACAAACGACAGUGAAAGCAGCAGUCGCUUUGUGUCAGCAGCAGGCGGGUUAGAGUGGCUGAUCGAAGCUCUGAAGGAGAAAUGUUUGACCGAGCGCUGCACGGUGCAGCUGGAAAGACUGUACAACCACACCGUGAGUCAGCUAUGCAGUCAAACGACCUACUUAUCCUCUUUGGAACAGUCAACGUCCAGUCCAGUCCACAGCCGGCACACAAAUGAACAUCAAACGUCUGCGGACAGUGUUCAAACGGUUGACCCCUCGCAAUCCUUUUCCCUUAGUCUCCAUUUAUCCGUGACUAACAAUAAAUCCAGCUGUGAUUCUCCUGAACACGCAGCUCCCGUGACUGACAGUCAAAACACUAACAAGUCGCCGUCAGUUGAUUAUAAGCACUCAGGUGAACACUCAUCCUCAAAGGAACUCCUGGAGCAGUCGGCAUCAGUUCUGUAUGUUGGAUCUAUAAACGAAACAGCAGACAGCAGCUCUGAGUUUAAUGUGGACACAGACAACGCCCCCGUGCAAACGCUGUUUUCUGAAGAGGCGGCUGCAGCAGUAAAGAACAAACGUCUCACUAAGAAAUGGACCGUUCAUCUUAAAAAACUGUCCCUGCCACAACUCGGAGGGUUCAUGCAGCCGAAAGAGGCUGAUUUGUCUUCUGAUCCAGAUGCAAACAGGUCAGAAAACGACCAUACACACGAUGUAGAAGAUCUCUCAAGUUCAGGAGAAAUCAGUGAGAGAAUGAUGGAGCCCACAAGUCCAGUAGUUCAGUUAGAGUCCAGUGAGCCAGAAACAGAAAAGGCAGCUGCGCUCAUAUCGAUGCUGAAGGAAAAAUGUCUAACAGACAAACUCCUUGUUGAGAUAAAGAGACCAACACAAUUGUCACAAUUGAAAGAAAUCCUCCAGCUCAGAGACAGAAACCUUAAAUCAGCCACAGAUGUGUCAGACUCAGCCAGCGAUGACCAGACAACGAAUCCCAGCCGGUCUGAGAGUGACACAAACCACUGUAACGAAGACGCGUCUGUCACGGGAGUCGGUACAAGAAAAAGAGCCUCAACCAGCUGUGAAGACAAAACCGCAUCAGACGAAGAAGAAGUGAAAAACUGCAACAUCCUUCACAAAAGAAAAAAGACUUCCCUGGCUCCGAAAGAAAAGAAAGGGAGGAGCACGUCCACGGACAGACCCGUGACGACCAGGAAGGUGUGCGUGAGCGGCCUGAGCGUGAGUCGAUGGAAAACCAAAGACGCUGCCAGCGCGAACAUGUUCAGGAGCAGGAUGGCACAGACGGGCGGCAACAGGACGGUGGACUGCAGCAUCAAUGAGCUGAUCUCCAAGCAGUCCAAACAGCCAAGAGAGCUGCUAGGGACCACCAUGAACUUCUCCACCCCGUUGAGAGUGAGCCGGCUCAACCUCUCGUCCCUCUUGGCUGACUUCACGCCAAACACACACACCUGGAGCCGAGUCAAAGCUGCCCUCUCUGUUCAUCGCAAGGUGUUACUCACUCCGAAGAAUUCGGUAUUAGACACUCCUGUUAGAGCGGCACUAGCAGACGUCAGCCAGGAUCUCUUUGCCACACCUUUCCGGCGGACACCACUCCAGAAACGUCUCCAGUCACAGCAUCUCAGCUGUAGUUCUCUGGUCGACUAUGAGGAUGCUGAUCUGUCCGAUGCAGAGAAGGUGUAUGCGGAGUGUGGCCAGCAGCGCCCUCUGCCCUGGGAGGAGUGUAUUCUCCCUCAGCGCAUGAAACAGUGUGUGAAGAUAGGUGAGGGGACUUUCGGAGAGGUCUUCUCCACCACCAACGCCUCAGGAGACACUGUUGCACUCAAGAUCAUUCCAGUAGAGGGCAGCGAUAAGGUGAACGGAGAGGAGCAGAAGACGUUUGGAGAGAUUCUCCAUGAGAUUAUAAUCUCAAAGGAGCUGAGCAGCCUGAAAGAGAAGCAGCACAACCAGACUCACGGAUUUAUCGGACUCAACGACCUUCACUGCGUUCAAGGCUGCUACCCUCCAGAUUUCCUGAACGCGUGGGACAACUUCAACUGGAAGAAAGGCUCCGAGAACGACAGACCAGAUUUCUUUGAAAAGGAUCAGUUCUUCAUAAUCCUGGAGUUUGAGUUUGGAGGCGUCGACUUGGAGAACAGCAACGGAACGCUGAUGUCUUUGCUGGUGGCGAAGAGCAUCCUUCACCAGGUCACUGUCGCUUUGGCUGUCGCUGAGCAGGAGCUACAGUUUGAGCACAGAGACCUCCACUGGGGAAACGUGCUGGUCAAAACAACCAAGCAGAAGAAGGGCAGCUUCCUCCUGAACGGAGCAGCCCACUCUCUGGAAACCAAAGGGGUGCUGGUCCGCAUCAUUGACUACUCCCUCUCCAGACUAGAGAUCGAUGAUCUCACGGUGUCCUGUGAUAUCUCCAAGGAUGAGGAGCUGUUCAUGGGCCAAGGGGAUUACCAGUUUGACAUCUACAGACUGAUGAGACAAGAGAAUGGAAACAACUGGAGUAACUACCACCCCCACACGAACGUGCUGUGGCUCCACUACCUGUGCUCCAAGCUGCUUUCCAUGAAGUACCGGGGCUCGGGAGGGAGGGGUGCCAAGGACAUGCGAGAGGAGCUCACUCGUUUCUAUGACAACGUCCUCCAGUACAGCUCUGCCACCGAGGCGCUGCGAAACUGCCCCAUGUUUCAGUAGUACAACAGCUCUGAACACAUGAAGAGAGGACACACACACACACACACAGACUGUUUCUAGCGUGAACAUGGUGUAAACGUAUCUGCGUCUUUUAGUCAGCAGUCUGCCCCGUCAUCAUGGAUGACCUCUUGACAUGUGAAGACGGUUAUUGAUCCCCGUGUAACGCGACUACACAGAUGAAGGUCACUUAAUGUACAGUGUGCACAGAACGGUUAUUAAAAUGACCAUGUU